AUGUCCGUCUCGUCCGCGGAGCAGGACGAGUACGUGUCCGACAACCAGUCGUCGGACUCGUCGGGCCACGAAUGGCCGGCGCGGCCGCUGUCGCAAAACUACUUUGCGCCUCCCUUCUACGGCCGGCCGCCGACGCCUCUGCCGCCGUCGCCGUCGCUGACGUCGCUGCUACGGCCAUCGCGGCCGACGACACCGGAUGCCUCGGAGGACGACCACAACAACGCCGCCAACAACAGCAGCAACCUGGCGCCGGUGCCGCGGGCGUCGCCCAAGGUGCCGACGUACGAGUACUACGGCUUCGUGCUGUACCUCUUCAGCAGCCUGACGUUUCUGCUGUGGCUGUUGUGGGCGUACCUGCCGGCGCCCUUUCUGCACGGCCUGGGCAUCUACUACUACCCGAACCGGUGGUGGGCGCUCGCGAUCCCGGCGUUUCUCGUCAUGACGCUGUGCUACAUCUACGUGGCGCUGGCGUCGUACAACACGGAGAUGCUGACGCUGCCCAUGGCGAGCGUGGAGACGAUUGUCGACGGCGCGGGCAAGCUGGCCGUGGUGGACUCCAAGGGCCGGAUCCGCGGCAGCGGCAAGCGGGAGCGCAAGCGCGACGCCAGCGGGAGGCUCCGGUGGAGAGAGGUCUGGAACGAGGGGACCGAUGCUGUCAUGGAUAUCCCGCUGGCGGGCGUGUGCGAGGUUCUCUACGGGGAGGGGCGGGACGAGGGCGCGCCGGAUGAGGCGACAUGA